CAAAUAUUGAACUUUUUUACUAGUUAGUCCUAAUCUAAUAACCGAGGAAAAGGAAUAAAAGGGUAGCUCCAGAAUCUGGUUUGUCUGUAGAGAGAGAAAAACACAUAACGAUUAUCAAAAGAAUCAAAACAGAGACAUCAAAUUACAAAAAUAGAAAAAAUAAAUAAUAAAACAUAAAGAUCACGCAUAUAUACACGCACAUAUACGUACACGCACGGUCUAUCUGUGUAUUGCUAUCUACGGAUUCCUUCGCCUUCUCGUUUUCGAUCUCCAUUGGAGAAAGUUCCCCUUUCUGAAGAAGCUUUUCAAUUCCUUUCUUCGCGGUGGGAUUUGUUUCGAUACAUACACGCAUUGGGCAGAUCAGUGUUUUGGGAUUCAUCGAUCGCGAUCGAGCUGAAAAUCGGCUCAAGGGGUUUUUUACAGUUUGAUGUGGUUUUUUUGGGAGCCACAUCAAGUCUUCUCACCCUUAGCCAUUUCAUUCUAAACCCAGCCAAUAUGUCAGAUGGAAUAGAAUUGGUUGAUGAAACGAGAGAGAGAAAAUCAGAUGAUGAGAAUUCCGAAGACGAAAGAAGGAGAUCAAAAAUCAGGUUUCUGAAGAAGAAGGCCAUAAACGCUUCUAACAAGUUCACUCAUUCUCUCAAGAAAAGGGGGAAGAGGAAGGUUGAUUUUAGAGUUCCUUCCAUUUCAAUUGAGGACGUUCGUGACCCGAGAGAGGAGAGUGCCGUCUGUGACCUGCGCCAAAAACUUCUUGACAGGAAUUUAUUGCCAGUUAAGCUUGAUGACUACCAUACUUUACUGAGAUUUCUGAAAGCUAGAGAUUUUGAUAUCGGCAAGACCCUCCAGAUGUGGGAAGAAAUGCUUAAUUGGAGGAGGGAGUUUGGAGCAGAUACUAUCUUGGAGGACUUCGAAUUUGAGGAGCUGGAAGAAGUCUUGCAAUAUUACCCCCAAGGAUAUCAUGGAGUUGAUAGAGAGGGAAGACCAGUUUAUAUUGAAAGGCUUGGAAAAGCUCAUCCAAGUAAACUGAUGCGCCUCACUUCAAUAGAAAGAUAUCUGAAGUAUCAUGUUCAAGAAUUCGAGAAGGCUAUACAUGAGAAGUUCCCAGCAUGUUCCAUUGCUGCUAAGAGGCGAAUAUGUUCCACAACCACAAUUUUGGAUGUACAAGGCCUGGGGAUUAAGAAUUUCACAGCGACUGCUGCUAGUCUAUUGUCAGCCAUGGCAAAGAUUGAUAAUAAUUACUACCCAGAGACACUCCACCGCAUGUUCGUUGUCAAUGCUGGAACUGGAUUUAAGAAGAUGCUUUGGCCUGCUGCACAGAAGUUUUUGGAUCCAAAAACUAUCGCAAAAAUUCAUGUCUUGGACCCUAAAUCUUUGGGGAAGCUACAUGAAGUCAUUGAUCCAAGUCAACUGCCUGAUUUUUUGGGUGGAUCAUGCUCAUGUAAUGUUGAGGGAGGUUGCCUGAGGGCUAAUAAGGGUCCGUGGAGUGAUCCUGAAAUUAUGAAGCUUGUCUAUAAUGCGGAAACAACUUUUGAGGGCCGUGUUGCCAAAAUAUGCAGCGAUCAGCAGAAAAUUGAUUCUUAUUUUAAAAUGCAGGCCCUGAAGAUGGCAAGAUGUGGUGAUACAUCCUUUGCAGAAUCAGGAUCAGAUGCUGAUGAUCUUUUCUCGCCCACCAGACAAAAUAGCGAGGUGAUUUCUCGACUUGCCCCAGUUCAUGAAGAAGCCAGAACAUCAGAUCCUUGUAUUUACUAUAGUUGCAAUGAAUAUUUCUCUCCACCUGAUAAAGAUAGUGAUAAUGAACAAGGACUGGAAGACCAUUCUUCGACCGGCCAUGGAAAUUCUGGCUUUGAAGGAUCAGGUGCCCUGGUUAUGUAUUGGUUAGACUCCAUCCGGGAUAAAGUCGUGAGGAGAGGUAUUCGGUAUAUUACUAGAACACUGAUAUUCAUAGUGAUCAAGCUUUUCGAGUUUAUCCAGAAUACACAUUUUGGAUAUUGGAGGACUCGAACCAACGUAUAUCCGGAAAAUGAUCCACAACCAGACGAUCAUUUACCUGUCGAAGCAGAAGCCGUAGUUAGAGAAGAAGAGGAACAGGCCGCACUUCCCUGCAUUCAGCGCCUCCAGAAAUUAGAGUGUUUGUUGGAGGAACUCGUGAAGAAGCCUGCCCAAAUCCCUGUGGAGAAAGACCAGUUACUUCAUAGAUCUCUUGACAGGAUAAAGUCAGUAGAGUCUGACCUUGAGAAAACGAAAAGGGCAUUGAAUUCAACCGUGACGAAGCAGCUCGAGAUAGCCGAGUUACUGGAAAAUCUGCGAGAGUCUAAGUUUCACCGUCGUAGGCUGUUCUGUUGACUUGGGGACGGUCCAAAACAAAAAUCGGAAUUAGUCGAACAAAGAAUGCACAAUUGGGAAAUGGAUGUUGGAGAUGAAGAACAAAAAGGGAGAAGGUGCACUUUAUAAUAUAUAUCUCAUUUCUACUCUCCACACCCUCGUUUUCCCCACGAGCACUUACGAAUCACAAGGAAAAAGCUUUCUACUACAACAAGGAAAAAGCUUUCUACUACAACAAUUGCUGCUUUCUACGAGAUAUAGAAA